UUUGGCAGGCAGAGCAGAGUUUGAACGUCCGGCCCAAUAAUAGAAUCAUGAACUCAAGUGGGCCAGAGCUGUAAACUUAGGGCUUCAAUCUCAAUUGAAUUCAUCUUCUGAAAUUCCCAAUCCCCAGCAGAAGCUCUUUGAAACCGCUUCCCGAUGUUGCUAAGGGGCGCAAAAAUUAAGCAAUGUGAAUAAAUCAAUAGGUUGUAACAAUUCAAAUUAGCUUUACAAAGAUGAGUGGCUGAAGAGUUUUGGUCACUUCCGGUUAUCUAUUACUAAAGAAGUGCUGAAAAUUGGUUCAUUCUAAACUCAAGUUAUACCCCUCAAGGAAUUUUUACAUUUUAUGCAAUGAAAUCUCUAUUUUUGCCUUCCUCUUUCCUCCUAAGUCUAUCAACCAUCCGCCAGUUUCCGCCUUAUCUCCCAAUACAAUCACAACAUAUAUGUAGUGACCGCCAUCAUAAACAUCAUCAGCUCCAUUCCCCAUUUUCUUUGACUUUCCCACUUAAUUCAUUACAUGCUCAGAAAUCGUCUAUCAGUGCUACAAUUCCUUCAAAAGAAGGAGCAGUGUCAGUAAUCAACUUUGAAGAUGUUGUUGAAAAAGAUUGGUCUUUCCUUGAUUCAGAUGAUUUCACUUCCAAUCAAGAUUAUAACCAAAAGCUCGACCGAAUUAUAGCCUCCGGAGGGAUUCAAGAAAGUUCAAGGGUUAUGGUUUCGCUUGGUUCCGAAGUGUUUGUUGAUAAGGUAGUUGAAUCCUCACCCUGCAAUCUUCUGCUUGUUGUCCAUGAUUCACUUCUGGUCUUAGCUUGCAUCAAAGAAAAAUAUGACAAGGUUAAAUGUUGGCAAGGAGAACUUAUAUAUGUGCCUGAAAAAUGGGCACCUCUAGAUGUUGUGUUUCUCUACUUCCUUCCCGCUUUGCCGUUUGAACUUAAUCAGGUGUUUGAAGCACUUGCGAAACUUUGUUCACCAGGUGCUAGACUGGUUAUUAGCCAUCCCCAAGGAAGAGAAGUGCUAGAGAAACAGCAACAACAAUACCAAGAUGUUGUAGUUUCUGAAUUGCCUGAGAAGUUGACUUUAGAGAAAGUUGCAGCCCAACAUUACUUUGAGCUUGUUGAAUUUGUGGAUGAUCCUGGAUUUUAUCUUGCUGUUUUGAAAAUGUGCAAGCCAACAGAUUGACUCUGGAUUUAUUGUUCAACCCAGUUUUGGUCUCAUGAAUAUUGAGAAUAUGCUAUUCAACAACUGUUUUAAUUCAACUAUAUAUUAAAUAUUUAUAAUAAUAUGUAUGUAGACAAAAUAUUUUUGAU